CCGGCCCAGCCCGGCGGAGGAAGCCCCGGUGCCGGGAGGCUCCGAGCAGCGCCGAGCCCCGGGCCGCGCAGGGGGCAUGGCCGCUGGGAGCGCUGCGCAGGCCCCGGUGUCGUUCGAGGACGUGGCGGUCUAUUUCUCCCCGGAGGAGUGGGCGGCGUUAGCCGAAUGGCAGCGGGAGCUGUACCGGGAGGUGAUGAUGGAGAAUUACGAGCUCAUCGCCUCGCUGGGUUCUGCAGGCCCCAAACCGGAAAUGAUCUGUAAAAUGGAGCGAGGGGAAGAGCCACAUGCCGCAGCUCCCCAGGGGGAGAGGGACAGAGGAAUCCUGGAUGCCCCCAGCACAGCUGGCUGGGGCAGGCGUGUCAAGGAAGAGCUGUCUGCGGAGGGCUACAACGAGCAGUGGGUGCCACACACGUCGCUGGCCGGGGGAGCCGAGGGGUUUGUGCUGGAAUAUCCUGCCCUGUGGUGCGAGGUGAAGCAGAGGGAGCUGGCGGGAGACGCCCCCCAGCAAUCCCCGGAGUGGGAGGGGAGGGACGGCGCGUUCCUGGGCGGCACGCUGGCCAUGAUCCACCCGCUGAGCGAGGGCCCCCUCAUCUGCUGCGAGUGCGGGAAGAGCUUUGAUGACGAGGCCUCGCUGAGCACCCACCAGCGCCUGCACCCGGGCGCCGGGCCCCACGAGUGCCGGGCCUGCGGGAAGAGCUUCCGCCACCGCCGCAACCUCCUGACCCACAAGAAGCGGCGGGGGAAGAGCCAGCACGCCUGCACCGAGUGCGGGAAAAGCUUCUGCCUCAAGGGCGACCUGCUGCGGCACCGGGCGGGGCACGCGGGCGAGGGCGGCCACGCCUGCAGCCUGUGCGGGGAGAGCUUCCGCCACAAGAGGAACCUGCUGGCCCACAGGAAGGAGCACGUCGGGGACACGCCCCACCGGUGCUCUGAGUGCGGGCAGAGCUUCGGCGACCCGGCCGGCCUGGCCCAGCACGAGGCAGCGCACCGCGAGGAGAGGCCCUUCGUCUGCGCCCGCUGCGACCGCAGCUUCAGCUGGAAGGAGAGCCUGAUGAUCCACCAGCGCAGCCACCCGCAGGAGCGCUCCCACAAGUGCGCCGACUGCGGCCGCAGCUUCAGCCGCAACGGGAACCUCCUCAUGCACCAGCGGGUGCACACCGGGGAGCGGCCCUACGCCUGCCCCGAGUGCGACCGCACCUUCUGCAACAAGGCCAACCUCAUGGCCCACCGGAAGCUGCACCGGCGCUUCAAACCCUACGCCUGCGCCCAGUGCGGGAGGAGCUUCAGCUUCAAGACCAAGCUGCUGCUCCAUCAGAGGGCCCACGGGGACCAGCACUCGUGUCCACGCGCGGACUACGGCUCCCAGGAUGCAGCGGGCGCGGAGCCCUUUGUCUCUGCCCCUGCAGCGGCCGAUCGGGCUGGAGAAGUUCCCGAGUCGGCGGCCAUAGGGAGCCGGGCGCAGCGCAGCGGGCGCCGGUGGCUCGACGCGGAAAGCCCAGCUCAGAUGGAGCGAGGGGACAGGCUGCGUGUGGGCGAGCGCAGGGAGAGGCGAGCGAGGGGAACGCCUGACGCCUGCGGCACAGGUUCUGCUGACCCCAGACCCCAGGUGUUUAUUAAAACGGAGCAGGAAGAGGAGCCAGGCCCGGGGGGGCCCCCAGCGCAGAGGGAGAGAGGAAUUCUCCAUGCCCCCGGCACAGGCGCAGGCUGGCCUGACGUGAAGCAUGAGAUUGUGGUGAAAGUGGAGCCAGAUGACGAGUCGUAUGUGGGGUAUCCCCAGGGCCUGGGGGACCGAGACCUCCCUGGCUACCCCAGCACUGGUAUCAAAGCAGAGAUCGUGGUCAAAACGGAGCCCGAGGACGACGCCUACGGCGAGUGUGCCCAGCAUUACGGUGAAGGAGACGGUCCCGACGACCCCUUCUGUGACGCAAACCCAGAGAUCAUCGUGAAAGUGGAGCCAGACGAUGAGUCGGCCAUUGGCUACCCCCAGGGCCUGAGCGAAGGCAGAAUUCCCGGCUACCCCAGCCCAGCAGGCGAUGGGAGCAGGGGUGCCAGCGAGCGGGAGCACCCUGGAGAAGAGCUGGAGGAUGUGAAACCGAACAGGGCUUUGCUGAUGAGAGGCUUAGAGGCAGCUUCCUCGGGCUUGCUCAGGACAGAACCCAGCAUUAAUCACUGGAAAGUGCAACAUGCCCCGGGAAACAUCCCGGCGCUCCAGAGAAACGCCGUGGCUCCGGAGGGGCCGCAGACAACCCCUGAGCCCAAGGGAAAGGUGCCAACAGCCCCGACAAGCAACCCCAGCCAGAAAUCCCUUUCGGGGAGCGUGGCCACCAGCACCGAGCCGGUGAGGCGCCCGCGAGCCCACGCUGCCGAGCGGCCGUUCACGUGCACCGAGUGCGGGAAGAGCUUCCAGCACCGGGGGAACCUCAUCACGCACCUGCGGGUGCACACGGGCGAGAAGCCCUUCACCUGCACCGAGUGCGGCAAGAGCUUCAGCCAGAAGGGCGACCUGAUGCGGCACCAGCGCAUCCACACGGGCGAGAAGCCCUUCGAAUGCAACGUGUGCGGAAAGAGCUUCUGCUCCAAGCAGACCUUCAUCCUGCACCAGCGCAUCCACACCGGGGAGAAGCCCUUCUCCUGCACCGAGUGCGGCAAGUGCUUCAACCGCAAGGCCAACUUCAUCACCCACCAGAAGAUCCAUCGCGGGGAGCGCCCCUUCGUCUGCGCCGAGUGCGGCAAGGGCUUCUGCGCCAAGAAGACCUUCAUCCUGCACCAGAAGAUCCACAUCGGGGACCGGCCCUUCGGCUGCUCCGAGUGCGGCAAGAGCUUCAGCCGCAACGGGGAUCUGACCCGGCACCAGCGCAUCCACACCGGGGAGCGGCCCUUCGCCUGCGCCGACUGCGGCAAGUGCUUCAGCCACAACGGGGAGCUGAUCAAGCACCAGCGCAUCCACACCGGGGAGAAGCCCUUCACCUGCACCGAGUGCGGCAAGAGCUUCAACCGCAAGGGCACCCUCAUCACCCACCAGCGCAUCCACACCGGGGAGCGCCCCUUCGUCUGCCCCGAGUGCGGCAAGACCUUCAACCUGAAGACCACGCUGAUGAAGCACAAGCGGAUCCACACGGGGGAGCGGCCCUUCACCUGCGUGGAGUGCGGCAAGAGCUUCAAGUACAAGGGCAACCUGCGGACGCACCACCUCACCCACACGGUGGAGCGGGUCUACCCCUGCACCGAGUGCGGGAAGAUCUUCAGCCACAAGAAGGAGCUGACGGUGCACCAGGCCGUCCACACGGAGGAGAGACUCUUGUCCUGCUACGGAGACGGGGAGUCGUUCAACCCCUUCCUCCAGAUGCACCCGCUCCUACUGUCGGUGCCCCAAGCCAAGUGCCUCUGGAAGCCUUAACGCAAUGUACAUAAGGAGGGAGUUACAGAAAUGCUACGUCCCCUGAGCAGGAGCAGAGGAGGAACAGUGCUGUAAUUUAGGAUUUGGACAUGCCGUGGUGCUGUACAGUGUGCCGAUGAAAUAACAGGCUCCCUGCCACAAGGAGCUCCCAGCCUGAAGGCCUGCGCUGACGAACCAGCCGUGCAUCCCUAAGGAAAACACAACUGCACAUUCCCUACACAACGCAGCUCGAAUUCAAAUGCAAAGGCUCGAGUCUUGCCCUGAAGGAUGCCAAAGCUGUCGUACUAAUUCCAUUUGCUGGGUUGGAAAUAACCCCCAGAGGUACUAGAGAGAACGUCUGACAUGAGGGACGGGAGGUUUCUGGGAAGGGAUCUGUGGUUUAUGGAGCAGCGCUUGGAGGGCAUUGGAAAUGACACGGCCUGGGUUAACCGAUGUGGGAUCUUCAUCUUACUGCUGAAAGGAGAAGUCGGUGCUGGCAGGACUCUCCUGCCUGGUUCCUGUGUGGAGCAAACACAGGAGCGUUGUGCUCAUUGUGAUAGUUCUGGCGAAGGCCAGUGGUUUCUCAGGGUGGGGGGUGCUGUGCUGUGUGGUGUUAGGUCAGGCCCUGUGGGUACUUGGGGGGUGGGCAAGACUUUGCUGUAGUUACGGCUUAUGCCAGCAGCAUCUCCCUGGAACUACUGGACAGACCUUAUGGACGGCGCCUGUUCCAGCCGGGCCAGUGACAGUCUGGGAAAUGAAAGAAAAUCUCAAUUGAGUGUGGACUUGAGAACUCCAGGUGCAAUGCCCUGGAGCCAUAAUUACUGUAGUGCUGUUUACUCGCUGUACUGACUCUAUUUACCCACCAGGAGCGUGCACUGGGCUUCGCAACUGAGUACGGCCUGAUCCCUGACCUGAGAGGUGACCAUCGCAUGGAGACCACCUAGAGAUCUUACAGAGAAUCACAGAGUCGUAGGGUGGGAGGGACCUCGAGAGGUCGCCUCGUCCAAUCCCCUGCACUCAUGGCAGGACUAAGUAUUAUCUAGCCCAGGGGUUGGCAACCUUUCAGAAGUGGUGUGCCGAGUCUUCGU